UUUCCAUGGAGAGGAGAAGAGCGGCGCACUGAGAAUCAGAAGAAGUAGCCAACAGCCGAGGCUUAAGUAGUGACGAGAGCGAGAAAACAAAUCUCGAGGGGACUUGAGGAAAAAUAGAAAGCUUAUGGAAGUUUUAUACAUGGUGGGACUGGUGUUGAUGUGCUUCUGGAGGCUUGGAUCAACAAGAAAAGUCAAAAGUUCCAUUUGCUUGUAGUACCUAGUUGUUAGCUAUACUUGAUGCUUGAUGGGAUCAAUGUGAUAAGCCUUUGGGUUUCAACAUCAUCUUCUGGGCAACAUAAGAUGUUUUUGCAGUUUAUAACAUAGCAUCAAGAUGUGUGAUUAAGGCUUUAUUAACUGUCGUAUUGUUUCUAGCCAUGAAUUUUAUAACAUUGGUUUGAUCAUUGUGGUAGUGUUUGUGUUGAUUUGAUGAUAUACAUGACAAGAGUUUGGUUCUAAUAAAUCUGUGGAAACUACGUAUUAUACUGUGCAACCUCGUGCAGAUUAGUGGGCAACUGGAUUUACACUGUGGGCAAAAUGAAUCGUGUCUUUUGUGUGUAAUCGGAGAAUCACAAAAGAAAAAAAAAAAACAAAAAAUGGGAACCCUAGGAAGAGCGAUUUACACUGUGGGCAACUGGAUUCGUGGGACUGGUCAAGCUCUUGAUCGUGUUGGUUCUCUUCUUCAAGGAAGCCACCGCAUCGAAGAACAUCUGUCGAGGCAUAGGACGUUGAUGAAUGUGUUUGAUAAAUCUCCAUUGGUGGAUAAGGAUGUAUUUGUGGCUCCGGGUGCUUCUGUUAUUGGUGAUAUUCACAUCGGGAAAGGCUCGUCGAUUUGGUAUGGGUGUGUUCUUCGAGAUUUCAGGAGGAAGGUUCCAUGUGACCAAUCCCUAGAUUGUUCUGUUAAACCUAGUUCCAUUGAUCAUUCCCCUGUUUCUGGUCUUGAUUCAGUGGAAGAUGAAGAGAUUGUUAAAUCGGUGAUUGAAGGAACCAUCCCAUCUAACUCAUUGGAGGCGAAGCUCGGAGAAUGUAAACGAGCAGCAGCGAUUAGAAGAGAAGCGGUUCAGAGGAUAACCGGAAAAUCCUUGACCGGUCUUCCAUUGGAAGGUUUCGAUUACGAUUCGAUUUUGGGGCAAUGCUGUGAGAUGCCAGUUGGGUAUGUUCAGAUCCCUGUGGGAAUUGUUGGACCUUUGUUGCUCGAUGGGGUUGAGUAUUCAGUGCCAAUGGCUACAACAGAAGGUUGUUUGGUUGCUAGUACAAACAGAGGUUGUAAAGCUAUUAACUUGUCCGGAGGUGCUUCUAGUGUUCUCUUGAAAGAUGCAAUGACUAGAGCUCCAGUUGUUAGAUUCCCUUCUGCAAGAAGAGCUGCUCUUGUCAUGUUUUAUCUGCAAGAUCCUGCUAAUUUUGAGAGAUUGUCUCUCAUGUUCAACAAAUCGAGUAGAUUUGCUAGGCUUCAGAGUAUUAAAUGCACGAUUGCUGGGAGGAAUCUCUAUCUGAGGUUUUCGUGUAGUACUGGUGAUGCUAUGGGGAUGAACAUGGUCUCCAAAGGUGUUCAGAAUGUCUUGGAUUUCAUAAAGAGCGAGUUUCCUGACAUGGAUGUUAUUGGCAUCUCAGGAAAUUACUGUUCGGACAAGAAGGCUUCAGCUGUAAACUGGAUCGAAGGACGCGGUAAGCAUGUUGUAUGUGAAGCUGUUAUUAAGGGUGAGAUUGUGGAGAAAGUGUUGAAGACUAGCGUUGAGGCACUUGUAGAGCUUAACAUGCUCAAGAACCUUGCUGGUUCAGCCAUGGCUGGUUCUCUUGGUGGGUUCAAUGCUCAUGCAAGCAAUAUUGUCAGCGCUCUGUUCAUCGCCACUGGCCAAGACCCAGCUCAAAACGUGGAGAGCUCACACUGUAUCACCAUGCUUCUUGCCGAUGGCGACGACCUUCACAUCUCUGUCACAAUGCCUUGCAUUGAGGUUGGUACUGUUGGAGGUGGGACACAACUUGCAUCACAAUCAGCUUGUUUGAAUCUGCUUGGUGUGAAAGGAUCAAAGAAGGAAGCGCCUGGCUCAAACGCACAGCAAUUGGCAAGAAUAGUGGCUGGUACGGUACUUGCAGGAGAGCUUUCCCUAAUGUCUGCUAUUGCAGCUGGACAGCUUGUGAAGAGUCACAUGAAAUACAACAGAUCCAGCAGAGACAUUGGCCCUUCAUCUCAAGUCAACAGAUGAUAUUUGGAGCACGAUGAGACAGAUGAUAAUAAAAUAAAAAACCCAAACUUAGAUUGAUGUAAUUUUAACCUCAUUUUGAUUUCUUUCCUUCAUCGAUCUCUUUUCUAUCUGUUUGUACUCUUUAAGUCUCCAAAUGGUCUUAAUUUAUGUAAAGUCAUUUUUUGUCUUUCCCUCUUUAUCGCUCUCCAAAUGGUCUUAAUUUAUGUAAAGUCAUUUUUUGUCCU